AUGAAAAAGAAGGAACCAAAUGAUCCGCCGCCGGAGACGGUUCACUGGGUCGAGACCUCCGAUUCUGUUGCCCGCCACUUUCAGUUCGAGCCCGACGGCCAACUCUCUGUGACGAUAGUUAAUGACACAAGACCUGCUUCCCAAAAGAUAGUUGAGUCCUUUCUCAACAAGUUCUUUCCAUCAGGUUAUCCUUAUAGUGUGAACGAGGGAUAUCUCCGAUACACUCAAUUCCGAGCCUUGCAGCACUUCUCCAGUGCAACGUUAUCUGUAUUAUCAACUCAGUCACUUCUUUUUGCUGCAGGCUUGCGGCCCACACCGGCACAGGCUACUGCAGUUAGCUGGAUAUUAAAAGAUGGCAUGCAACAUGUUGGAAAACUCAUAUGUAGCAAUUUGGGUGCAAGGAUGGACUCGGAACCUAAGAGUUGGAGGGUUUUGGCUGAUGUUCUUUACGACUUUGGUACCGGUUUGGAAAUAAUUUCUCCUUUAUGUCCACACUUGUUUCUCGAGAUGGCUGGUCUUGGCAAUUUUGCUAAGGGUAUGGCAGUUGUCGCAGCAAGAGCAACAAGGUUGCCCAUAUAUUCUGCAUUUGCCAAAGAGGGAAACCUGAGUGACCUUUUUGCAAAAGGAGAAGCAAUUUCUACUCUGUUUAAUGUUCUUGGAAUAGGAGCUGGGAUUCAGUUAGCUUCUACUGUUUGUUCAUCUACUCAGGGGAAGCUUGUGGCUGGACCCUUAUUGUCCUUGGUGCAUAUUUAUUGUGUGAGGGAGGAAAUGCGAGCAACUCCCGUCAACACUCUAAAUCCCCAAAGAACUGCACUGAUUGUUGCAGAGUUUUUUAAGAGUGGUCGGGUAUCUACCCCUGCCAAUUUACGAUAUCAAGAAGACCUUUUAUUCCCGGGACGGCUAAUAGAAGAAGCCGGGCGCGUAAAAGUGGGAAGGCCUCUACGCAAAGUUUUCAAGCCGUCCGAGCUAAACAAAGUCAAAGAAAAUUUUCCCGGCGAAAAAUUUAUUCUGAAGCGCGGGAAAAAAUGGACAGACAUGAUACUCGAGCGCAAUGCAACCGGUGAGGAUGCUUUGAGGGGGUGGUUAGUCGCUGCAUAUGCUGCCGAGACUGAAAAUUCUUUCGAAGAAAACCGUGAAAAUUACUUUCAAGAUGCUUAUGAGAGGAUGAGCGACAUGUUUUCGCCGUUUAUUUCCGAGCUUCAGGCCAAAGGUUGGCAUACAGAUCGAUUUCUGGAUGGGACCGGUUGCAGGUUUGCUUUGUAG